AUGAUAAAUCUGAAGACAGGCGCAGGCGAUAAUGCGCUCGCUGCCUCGCCCAUGCUGCAGCGUAAAGGUAGCGUUUACGCACACACAAAUACGGAGCGUGAAACUGGUAGUAUGGGCAGUAUGGUCAGCGGCAGCAGCGGUUCGCUUCAGCGCAAGGGCAGCGUUUAUCCAGGCGGUCGUGUUGCUGCUGGUGCGCUCGAGGCUGAAGCUCACGCCGGCAGCAUUGGCAGUCUAACGUCCACGACUGUGACCACGGUCGCCACAACGGGCAUCGAUACCGAUUAUGGACUCAAAAUGGGUCCAGGGCAGAUACAUCCGAAGGGCUAUCGCUUGACGACCGUGCGGCAUGGCGAGCUGAAAAUGGGCUUUGCGAAAAUCAAGGGCGUGGUGGAGGUUGAGGUGAUAUGCGCACGCAAUAUAGUGCCAGUGGAUUGUGAAACACCACCGGACACAUAUGUGAAAUGCUACGUUAAGGAUGGCGACCGACUGCGACAUAAGAAGAAGACGCGCGUGGUGAGGCACUCAGCGGAGCCAAUCUACAAACAGACGCUCAAGUAUCAGGUAAGUGCAUGCAACCAAAUGACUAACUGCAUGAG